CUGCUGUGGCAGUGACAGCGGAGUGGAGGCGCAUUUGGAGAGACCUCGGAGGCGAGCUCCGUCACUGCUGGUUAAAAUACGACCAGCUUCUCCUCCAGAAACAAAUCUCUCUCUCAGUGACGGGGAGACAGACGGUGACGGGAGGAGUUGGCUGCCGGCUGUGAGGCGUAAAUGGCCACAAUAAUACCAAAAGAGACGCUGCAGUUAAUGAGACUACCUGUAUAGCAAAUGCGCCCUGUGCGUUUUGGACGUAUUUCUUUUUAUAAGAUACACUCGACGGAGGUUUCUUUCUUUUCUUUUUUAAUUCUUUGGUCAGUUUUUGAAAGAUUUUGAUCUACCAGCUGCAGUCAUGGACGACGACAACCAAGUGCCCGAGGACCUGUCACUACAGGAGAGAGAUGAGCUGUCCAACAUACGGCGCAGGAAGAAGGAGCUGCUGGAUGAUAUUGAACGGCUGAAGUUUGAAAUCGCAGAGGUGAUGACUGAGAUUGAGCAACUAACCUGCGUGGGCGAGAGCAAAACCACACAAAGAAAUAAACAGAUUGCCAUGGGUAGGAAGAAAUUCAACAUGGAUCCUAAAAAGGGAAUCCAGUUUCUUUUGGAGAAUGAUCUCCUCCAGAACACCCCAGAAGACAUAGCGCAGUUCCUGUACAAAGGCGAGGGGCUGAACAAAACGGUCAUCGGGGACUACUUAGGGGAAAGGGACGACUUUAACAUCAAGGUGCUUCAGGCGUUUGUGGAGCUUCAUGAGUUUGCAGACCUCAACCUCGUUCAAGCCUUAAGGCAGUUUCUGUGGAGCUUCAGACUUCCUGGAGAAGCCCAGAAGAUUGAUCGUAUGAUGGAGGCGUUUGCCUCCAGGUACUGCCAGUGCAAUCCUGGCGUCUUCCAGUCCACAGAUACCUGCUACGUUCUGUCUUUUGCCAUUAUUAUGCUGAACACCAGCCUUCACAAUCCCAACGUCAGGGACAAACCCCCAGUGGAGCGCUUCAUCUCCAUGAACAGAGGGAUCAAUGAGGGGGGGGACCUCCCAGAGGACCUACUCAGGAAUCUAUACGACAGCAUCAAGAGCGAACCCUUUAAGAUCCCAGAGGACGAUGGGAACGACCUGACUCAUACGUUCUUCAACCCAGACAGAGAAGGCUGGCUGCUUAAAUUAGGAGGACGCGUAAAAACCUGGAAGAGGAGGUGGUUCAUCCUGACCGACAACUGCCUCUACUACUUUGAGUACACAACUGACAAAGAGCCUCGCGGGAUCAUCCCACUGGAAAAUCUCAGCAUCAGGGAGGUGGAUGAGCCCAGAAAACCUAACUGUUUCGAGCUGUACAAUCCCAAUCACAAAGGCCAGGUGAUCAAAGCCUGCAAGACGGAAGCAGACGGACGGGUUGUUGAGGGCAACCAUGUGGUCUACAGGAUAUCAGCCCCUACAGCUGAGGAGAAGGAGGAGUGGAUUAAAUCCAUCAAGGCCAGCAUCAGCAGGGACCCCUUUUACGACAUGCUUGCAACCAGGAAAAGGCGGAUCGCCAACAAGAAGUGACCACAGACAAUCCGUUUGACCUCCAGAUGGCACCAUCUCUCUUCUUACUUGAUGCUGGAAAGCUGGCUCAGCAUGAACUUUAGCCAUACACAUAAACCUCUUGUUUUUUAUUUUCGUCUCAUAAGAUUAUGGACACUUGGUGGGAAGACAUCAAAAGCAUCUGACGGGACAUCAGAACUCCAGGAUUUUUGGGAAAUUUGGCUCAAACUUGCUUCUGAUUCCUUAUCAUGCUCAUCCCACCUCCCUACUCAUAGUCUUAACAUGUUUUUGUAUUUCUCUGAAGGACAAACGUUAUAUUUCAGGUGCACAUGCAUUCAUGUGGGUUACUAUAGACCAAUAUGUUUGUGUUUGUUUGUUUGUGUGCGUGUGAGUCACAGUGUGCAUGCUGUCAGUGCACACACUAUCCUUAGUAUGGUUGCAUAGGGAUGCAGGUGUUCCUUUCACUGUGCUUGAUGAAAAAAAAACAAAAAAACAACCACAUUUUUAAUCAGAGUGCAGACAAAACUGGGAGGGGAGGACGAGGAGACAGAUGGACACGUGAGAAUGCAGCCUGACCUCAGCUGGACCGUGUCAUCAUCUCACUCUGGUGCUGAAUUCUUUUGCCCUGAUGCCCUGCGCAAAGUAACCUCAGAAAAAGCUGACUUACAUAAGAUUAUGGUGUCAAAUCAGCUGGGCUGAUUUCACUUAUUGGUGAGGAGCAGAGACUUUUGAAAUGUACGUUUUUAUAUUUUAGUUACAUAGAAAAAAGUUCUUUUGCUGAGAAUUUAGGGUCAAUUUCUAAUUCUUGAAGAGUUUAGAACUGGGUAAUUCCAAAAAUUUUCAUAUUUACGAAAUUUAAAACAGCACAACUGCUUUGCUUGUUGUACCGCCUAAAAUUAUGUAGAUUAACAUUUUAAAGCUUAAUUAAUAAAUUUUUAUAUUGAUUUAAAUUAAGCCAUCAUAAACAGUCAGUGCCAGCUUUAAUCUGUUGGGAUUUCACAAUAAAAUAUUAAGUUUAGGCUCAUUAAUUGGGCGCCUGCAGCUUUUAUUUUGAAAAUGUACAUUGUACAUUCACUUUUAAGUCAUCAUUUGUCAACUUUUUGCUCAAAUCUUGAAAUACUGCACUAUUUAAAUGAUACAUAUUUUUUUCUGAUUUUUAAUUUAUAUGAAGACGGAAGAGCAUUCAGUGUGGAAAAAAUAAAUUUCAGUUUUAGAUUAUUUUUCUGUUUCUUAAAAACAAAAUGAUUUUUGAUUAAAGCUCUUAAGGCACUUUGCUCUGUAUUUCAUUUUAAAAGCUUGGGCUUGAUUUAAAAGCAGUGGCUCAAAAGGUACCAGUCAAUCUAAGCUUUUUCUUUUCUCUUUUUAUUCUAACGUCUUGCCUGUUUGUGCAGGUUGUUGUGUAGUUGUGAUCCUGUUUGCAUUCAGUUUGUAAUGAUUCUUGCUUGCUUUUGUGUUCCAAUUUAAGAAUUUCUGUACAAAUAAUCUUUUGGGUUUUAUUUUUUAUUUUUUGUUGUAUUUAUUUUUAUUCGUGAAAAUGUUAAAAAAAACUACCUGUAAACGUUACACAACGUAUGCUUAAGUUAUGCAUGUAGAAAUACCGUGUGCUUGUUGUUGUAUGCACACUGUGUAAUGAGGUCGCAUCAGCCGAAGUUUGGGGGCUUGUCUGCAAAAGCCUUAAAGUCAUCAAAAGCUACAGGAUGUUGAUUAGGAUGAAGACAUUAUUGCUGCACAACUGUGACAAAGCCGUUUAAAAAAGCCAUGACUGAUGAGCAAGACAUGUUUGUGUUUUAAGAUGAAGCUAUAAUGAAUAUGUUUGAUGUUAAUAACUAAAGGAAUAUCGGCAAUGAGGAAAAAUAGAAUUGAUGAUGUCAAAAAUAUCAAUAGUUUUCUACUUGAUUGUAAAUGAACCAGAAAGCCUUGAGAUUAAGGCAAAAAUAUUAUCUUCUUUUGCCUCGUCAGGGCUUGUAGUUGCAUUAACUUUUAUAUUCUCUGUAAAGAAAAAUGUAAUGGUUACAUUGUACAUUAUGUGUAUCUACAUAAAGUAUACAUAAAGCUUAA